UUAUUUAUAGUGAAAAUUCUCGUUUGAGACAGGUGCGUUUUACUGAGUUUCCCAAUAAAGAAGCCCCCUAAAAAUUCCCAAGUUUACGUUGUAUUUUUAGUGCUUUGCGCGUGGAAUUCGUUUUAGGUGAGUUCGGGCGUGUGGGGCCCGGUAUACGCACCCGAGAAAUGCCGCUGUAAGAGCUGCUCAGAGGUGCGAGAGACAACAGCCAUGACCUGAAAAUGCUGCGCUACUCUGAAAUACCGCGCGAUAUUUCCGGAGACAGUCUCGCCACCCUAAGGAUAUCAGAGAACCAGGACGAUAUUAUAUACGCGAGCAAUAGCUGUGCCUUAAAACCGCCCCUAAAUGACUCUAGACCCCGUAAAAGCUCCACCCCGGGGGCACCCCUCGGCUGCUACUACAACCACGGUUUGGCUCACCUCAAGAGCAACAGCCUGCCGAACCGCGCGUGCCAUCAGAACUACAGCUGCGCGGUCUUCGACAUUCUGCGCAUACCGGCGGAAGAGUUCGCCGCGCAGCUCACGCUGCUCGACUGGCCGGUGUUUCAUGCGAUUCAGCCGGACGAGUUGGCCAGCUGCGGUUGGAACAAGAAGACGAAGCUGAGCGUCGCUCCGAACGUGGUGGCUUUCUCCAGGAGGUUUAAUCAUGUCAGUUUCUGGACUGUCCAAGAGGUCCUAGCCGGACAAACAGCGAAGCAACGCUCCGAGACUCUCUCCUUCUUUAUCCGAAUCGCUAAGAAACUCUACGAGUUUAACAAUUUGCACUCGCUCUUCGCCAUUUUAUCUGCACUGCGCAGCGCCUCUAUAUAUCGACUGAGCAAGACGUGGGCAGCACUACCCAAGAAGGAUCGACAAACGUUUGACAAACUGGCCGAGGUGUUUUCCGACGAAGACAACUGGGCCAACUUAAGGAAACACAUCGAGAGCCUCAAGUUGCCGUGCAUCCCUUAUUUGGGCCUGUACCUCACCGACUUGGUGUACAUCGACAUGGCGCACCCCCACAGCGGAGGGUUGGAAUCUCAGCAACGCACCCUGAAGAUGAACAACAUAUUGAGGAUCAUCUCGAAUUAUCAGCACUCGGACUAUUCGAAUCUCGUUAAGAUCCCGCACGUUAUCGACUACCUGAACUCGAUCAGGUACAUUGAGGAGCUGCAGAAGUUCGUCGAGGACGAUCAGUACAAACUGUCUCUGAAGCUGGAACCUCCGAGCCCCGCUCCCUCCUCACAAAACAGCUCCAAGGAGUCGGUGGUCGACUCGGUGGCGUUGGCCUCACUGAACCUCUCACCGGCCAAGGCCUCCUCGGGAUCGUUGCGCCUCCAAGCGGUCACCGCCGGAACGAAAUUCAUCCCGGGACACCGGAAGUGCCGCAGCCUGGGAACCAAUAUUUUCACGAAGUCCCAUCAAGUUGGCUCGUUUGACCCCGGGGAAGUACCGAAAACGCGCCAUCUGUUGGACGAUUCCGAAGUGGAGGAUUCCAGCCAGUCGCGUCACGGCAGCAAUUUGUCGUCGCCAAGUGAUGAGCUGCCAUUGCAGGCUUCCCAGAGCAGCGAGGAGAGUUCCACUUUACUCACAAGGUUGUCAACGGACGGCAUCUGCGCAGAAGAGGAAUCCUGCGCGAUGCAGGGCUGCCUGCGACGCAAGACGGUCCUGAAAGAGGGCAAAAAACCGACGGUCGCCUCGUGGCAGCGCUACUGGGUCCAGAUAUGGGCGAGUUCACUCGUCUACUUCUCGCCUAAGUCGUUCAAGGGCCACCAGAGGGCCGACUUUAAGCGGGAGCCCUGCAAGAUGGUCUCGCUGGCCGGAUGUCAGGCGCUUUAUUGUGAUACGUCCCUGCAUCCGGACUCGUUUCAGUUGGUCGAUCACGCUCGGGGGAACAUCUACAAGUUCCGAGCGGGUACCAAAUCCUUAGCGGAAAAAUGGUGUAAGUUCUUACAGCAGGCAACCAACGGGGAGCCCACGCCCCUACCAAGCAACCUUAUGACUUUCGAGUGAUAUUAUUCAGUUCUGAUAUUAUAGUUUGUAUAUAUGUGUUUUUUUUUUGUUACUAUUUGCCUUCACAAUAAAUUGUUCUUUUUUUAUA